CCGUCCUGCCAACGUCUCGCUGCAGCCACCGCUAGCCUAGCUCUGGGAGCAGCCUGUACGCGCUUCGUGCAGCCCGACUUUUAGCUUAGAAUGUCUGCACUUGCGACACUUCGGUCAAGUCGAAUUCUAGUGGAAACGCUUGCGGGGGCAUCGCGGACGAACUCAGCGCUCACAUGCGUGAGCCAGAAACGAUGGGCCUCCCAAGAUAAGCAGCCGCAGUUGAAGACGCAGUCAGCCCAAGGGUUCAAGGGGAAAGGCAAGGACCAGAAGAAAAAGAAAAGUAGGAGCAAUGACAUCGGGACAUACCUGCCGCUGCCUGUCAACCAGUUGUCGAGUCCUCUUUUCAGGACGAAUUAUCGCUCUGAACUGAAGCUGCCGCUCUAUUCUCCCGAAGCGUUGACGGAUGCUGCAGUGGGAACCGCUAUGCAGUUCCCAAAGUCGGAGAAUGAAGCUAUGCGUGCUUACGGUCUCCCGAGACAACUGCUGCUUGAAUUCCGCAUUCUAUCGAAACCGUGCUCGGUCGUCCGUGAUGUCACAUUAAAAGCGGUCAACAGUCUGGAUGCGGCCAGUCGCAAACCAAGCAGGGAUACGAGACUAGUGAUGACUGGGCCGUCAGGCUGCGGAAAGAGCUUUACGCUCUUGCAGGCGGUAGAGUACGCCGCACAUAGCAAUUGGAUUGUUCUGUACAUUCCAAGAGCUAUUAAGCUCGUCAAUUCGUCGACCACGUAUUCAUACGAUGCUCGGACUCGAAGCUACGUUCAGCCGGAUGCCUCAUACGAACUUCUGCGCCGAUUCUUGAGCGUCAACGGUGAAGCUCUGCAAAGCCUCAAAACGCAGGAGGAAUUCGUCUAUGGCAAUCAGCAUGUGCCAUCAGGCAGCCCACUUCCAAAUCUCAUCGCCGUCGGAACCGCGAAUACCGAAUUUGCCCCUGCGGUGCUGUCUUCGCUCAUGGUAGAACUGUCGCGCCAGUCCAAGUAUCCCGUCCUUCUUGCAGUUGAUGACAUCCAGGGAUUUUAUCGCUACAGCACCUACCGUGACCAGCACUACCAUUGCAUCAUGGCCCAUCAUUUGGCCAUUCCCCGCAUGGUGCUGGAGUACGCUGGAGGGAAGAAGUCAUUCCCUCGCGGCGCGAUCUUCGGUGCCGAAUCAACUGGUAAUACGACCUUCUUGAUGCCUCUAGAGCUUCGUGAGGCUCUCGGCUUGCCAUCGUUCCGCCCCGCAGGACCAUAUGUGGCUCGUGUGCCCGAGUUCGUGGAGUAUGCACAGGGUUUGCAAAACUUCCCUGUUCCACCUCAGCUGACUGUCAAUGAGGCGGCGUCGAUAUUUGAGGUCUGGAUGGAGGACCAGGCGCUGCAUUCGGGCGAAGUCAAGGGAGAGAAGGGAGACCUUCAUUCAGUGCCGAACGACGAUGUUUUCAUGACUAAGUAUUGCGAAGCAAGUGGCAAUGCAAGAGCUUUUGUAUGGAAGGCGCUCUUGGGCACUAUCUCGACCUUGUAG